AUGGUCCUCGAAGCGACGAUGAUCAUCGUCGACAACAGCGAGAGCAGCCGCAAUGGAGAUUAUGUUCCUUCACGAUACGACGCUCAAUCGGAUGCUGUCAACCUGAUCUUCUCCGCUAAGACACAAGCCAACCCCGAGUCAUCAGUCGGCCUUAUGAGCAUGGGUGGAAAGGGACCCGAAGUGCUGGUCACUUUGACGACAGAUUUCGGAAAGAUCCUGGACGGCCUGCACCGGACCAAGAUAAAGGGAACAUCACACCUGGCGACAGGCAUUCAGGUGGCCGGUCUCGCUCUCAAGCACAGACAGAACAAAUCCCAACGCCAAAGGAUAAUCGUUUUCACAUGCUCGCCUAUCGAGGAGGAUGAGAAAACCUUGGUCAAGCUCGCCAAGAAAAUGAAGAAGAACAAUAUUUCAAUCGACUUUAUUGCUUUUGGAGAACUCGACGAUGAGAUUACCAAGAAGCUUGAGGCCUUCAACGAGAACGUCAAGGGUGGAGACGGUUCGCAUCUGGCCAUCAUCCCGCCUGGCCCCAACCUGCUUAGCGACUCAAUAGUGACGACGCCCAUCCUUGGGGGAGAUGGUAUGGGUGGUGCCGGAAUGGGCGGCGCUGAAGGAGGCGAAGGCGGCGCCAGCCAAUUCGAGUUUGGUGUUGACCCGUCUAUGGAUCCCGAGCUGGCUUUGGCUCUCCGGAUGAGUUUCGAGGAAGAGAAGGCGCGGCAAGAGAAG